UGCAGCCCGUUCUCCAAAAUCGCUGUAAGAAAAAUCUACAGACGACGCUUUGGGGGCACCGCAUACAGGCUUUCCCAGCACAGACUUCGCCAAUGGCACGAAUAACGAGGAUGCGGAGACUGCAGUCUCUGCAAUUGUCCCUGCCGUCACAAUGCGCCGCAAACAGACCUUCUUUUGCCGCUGCCCGCGCCAUCUCCACGACCAGCCCCUCGCAGGGCAAGAACACCGAAUGGAUCCGAGGAAAGCUCUGGAAGGGCGAGGCGCCCGGCCCUGCUGAUCCCUACACGCAGAGGAUGGAGCCUGAGACACAAUCGAAUCUGCCAGAAGAGGCGCUCGAGAGCCGGCCCCGACAGGACAAGACGCCUGCAGCCGUGCGAGACACCAGGCUGACUCUGCCGUACAGGCGGAGCGAGGCGCCUACCGAGAAGGAGCUGCAGGCAUCUGACCCUACAUAUGUGCCUGCUACUGAGGCAGAGGGUCUGGAGGAGAUUGGCGCGCUGAGCACGUGGUGGGAGCAGCCUGGACACUGGGGAGAAGAGAGUGUAUUCAGGGGAUUCGGCAGCUCGGAAAAGGUCGUGGAGAAGGAGGUCUUGGAGGUCUAUCUGCGACGCGCUGUUGUCGAAGCACUGGCGCUACAGCAGACUGGAGCCUUUUCGGAAUGGGCUACGAAGAAGUGGUCAGAGGGAGCAUCUAGGAACGAGCUGGAGCAGGCAUUGGCUCUGCAGGUUGAGGUGCAGGACGGCAAGGCUACUCUGAAGGGAGAUGCUUCAUCGGUCGUUGAGGCUCUGACGAGCGAAUUGCCAGAGGCUGAGUCUACAGAGAAAAUUUCUGUUGAAGAGGCAAAAGAAAUGAUCAAGUCGUGGGACCCCUCAUGGAAGAACAUUGCGUUGGAUAACUCAUUAAGAUUUGCGCUCCGCAAGCGUCUCUACCAGCUCACCGGAACCCUCAUUCCAGACGCCAAGCUCGCAGCCGCCAACACCAUAAAGCACAUCCUAACCCUCGCGGCCCAGGAUCCCAAGCCACUGAAACUAGCCCAAGUGCUCGAGAAGCGCAAUGCCUUCAACGAGCUGACCAAUGUCACCGUGCACGACCGGAAGAUUGGUCCUAUCGACAAGGAGGUCUCCGUGGGACGCUGGAAGGUGAUUGAGGAGGAGCUGAAGAAGCGCGAUCUGCCUGUGACGGGCUAUGGAAACGCGGGCAGAAACAAGGAGAGGGAUUGGCUGACGGGAAAGAUAUGAUGAUGCUCAUGAUUUACGCAAUGGGGGAAUAGACCAUGGCGGUUGUGGUAGUUGAUGGCAGCGGGCGGGAACAAAAAAGAAGAAAAGGACAAAAAGUGUAUGAAUAUACACCAUGUACAACAGUAAAUACCUAUGAAAAAGGAAGAAACUUACAUAUCUACGAGGCCUUUUCACAACUUGUACGUUAUUGUGUUGGUAUAAAUGAAUCCUGCAUUAAAUAUACUUAAAAUGGGCG